AUAAUUGGACACUGAUACAUCAUUAUCACUAGGAUACAGUAUCAUAAAAAUGUGAACAUUGUGAAGUGGGUGGGUCGUAAUGCUCUACUAACCUUUAAUAAUUUUAGUACUUUUAAGUUAAUGUAUAUAAUUAUAGACCCAGUAGCGUAACAAUUUUUGUAUUUACAGGUUAAAUAAUUAUAAAAUGAAUAUCACGAAGAAGGAUUUGUUAAGACUUUUGAUUGAUUCAUGCAUUCUUCUUCAUAAUCCCUGAUCUGUGUGAGAUGGCAGACAGGAACAUUUAUGAUAAAUACUCCCUAUGAUCUUAUAUACUACUUAUAUACAUAUUAGAUGACUGUUUGAAGUCUUUCUUUUAUAUAAAACUCGGGGAAAAAAAAAAAAAACCUACGUAUGUGGGUAGUUGCAUAUUUGUACCUGUUUAACAUAUGCAUAUUUUUAUGCUACUUAAUUAUGUCCCUAGUAUACACGUACUUGUAUAGAGAUAAACAAAUUGUACAAGUUCUUUCUUUGAAGUAAAUAAAACUUCUUAUUUAUUGCUUCCUGCAUUUAUCACAGGAGUGUUUGUGAUUUAUAUUUCAAUUGCUGAAUCAGUUUCUACUUCUCUGUUCUGUCUGUUAACAUGGCCGAACAAGACUGUCAGAGUGACACAAAUAAGGCGGCACCACUGUCUGCAGAAGAGGGGAUCAAGGGGAGUCAGCUUCCUGACAUAGACGAACAAUAUGAUAGGAGUGACUCAAAGAAGGAGGCACCACUAUCCGUGGAAGAAGUGAUCGAGGGGAGUCUUGGACGGAUGAAUUGCAGUCAGAUGGUGCAAGCCUUCCUUGCAUCAGUUCUUCCAAUGUUUGACAACCAACAGACAUUUAUCAGUGUCUUCACAGAUGCUCAACCAAAAUGGCAUUGCGUAAGUGAGAGUCGGAUAGGAGGUAGUUGCACCAGCAGCUCUAACAUCUGUAAUCUUUCGAGGAGUGAAUGGGCUUGGACUGGGAAUAAGCACAACACAAUCAUAUCAGACUGGGAUCUCCAAUGUGCCAGCUCUUUCAUUAAGGGUUUACCCGCGACUUCUUACUUCAUGGGCUGCUUGUUGGGUGGAUAUGUGCUUGCCUCCCUUGGUGAUUCAUCUCUUGGGCGAAAGAACCUUCUCUGUCUCUCCUGCUUGGUUAUGUCACUAGCUUCAUUUGCCUCGGCCUUUUCUCCUAACAUCUGGGUUUACUCUGUACUCCGCUUCAUUGCUGGUGUUGGCCGUGUCUCCAUUACUAUUUCUUCUUUUGUCCUUCUGUCGGAGAGGGUUGGCAAACGGUGGAGAGGCCAAAUUGUAAUGAUUGGUUUCCUCUUCUUAACAAUGGGAUUGUUAUCCUUGUCGGCUUUAGCUUACUUGACUCGAAAUUCCUCAUGGAGUACCCUUUACCUCUGCACUUCCAUACCUGGUUUUGUAUGCUCCAUAUUAAUUCAUUUCUUCCUAUGUGAAUCUCCUAGAUGGCUCUUCAUGAUGGGACGUCCAAUGGAAGCCGUAAAUGUACUUAAAAGUAUCGGCUCCCUGGAUGAUCAUACCAGCUCAAUGUUACCAAACAUUCUAGAAAUUAAUCAAGGUAUUCCUAACAAUAACGGGAAGAAUCCUUUUUCUUCAAUGAAGAUUUUAGUCAAGAAAAGAUGGGCUAUUCGAAGGUUGAUAGUAGCUAUGGUACUUAGUUUCGGUGUUGGAAUGAUGUAUUUCGGUAUGUUGUUGGGUGUCGGAGGCUUGGGUCUCAACAUAUACUUGAGCUCAACAUUCAAUGCCCUACUAUUCCUUUCAUCAUGCCUGCUAACAUUCCUCUUCUGGAUCCCAAGAUGCAACAGGAGGAGUUCAGUGCUAGGAUUCUGCACGAUUAGUGGUGCUGCCGGUAUAAUUUCCAUUACAUUCGGUCAUCAUCACAAGGGUGCACAUGUUGGACUGGAACUGAUAGCCCUAUUUUGUGCUUGUAUGGUGUUUAAUAUCUUGUUCAUGUAUGUUGUGGAGUUGUUUCCAACUUGCAUCAGGAACACAGCAGCCUCACUGUCGAGGCAGGCACUGCUCUUGGCGUCUGUCUUUGUCCCGGUGUUGGUAGUCAUAGGGAGGAGCAAUCAACUCUUCUCUCAUGCAGUCUUUGGUGUGACCAUUCUUCUUUGCGGCCUUUUGGUCAUAUCUUUGCCCGAAACUAAGGGUAAGGUGCUAUGUGAUAGUAUGGAAGAGCAGGAAGCCCAAGACAAGGAUGUUGCUUGCGUGCCAAAGUUUUGGUUGAUCAUGUUCAUUGAUGCUCAUCUUUCUCAUUGUCGAAGUCUCUCAUAGUCUCAUAGUGCUCCAAAUUGUGCAAUCUAGUUAUCAUUUGAGUCUUCCGUUCUUGGGUGUGACAUCCAAUUGUUCGUCAUAUUGUUUUAUUUUUUUGAACGGUUGAUAAGCUGAAUACUAAUUGACAUUUGUUCGUCAUUA